AUGCGGAAGUACCGCCCUACCUGCGGCUUUUUGCCGGACCGCGAGCUGCUAGCCUCGUGGUUGUUCUUUGUCUUGCAGACCGGCCAAGACUUGCUCGUGGCAUGGUUCGUGUGGAUACGGCGGGCUCUGGCAAUGAAUUGGGACGUGGAAUUGGAAUUUGGGCCAAAUGGGCCAAUUCCGCCGUUUGGCUUGCGUUCGGAAUCUUCGCGUGGAAACCCAACAAAAUUCCGAGCUCCGAAUCUUCCUGUGCAAAUAGCCAGCCAAACAUUCCGAGGGAGCGAGCUCGGAAAAGCUCGGAAAGAGCGAAACGUUUCGCUCGUCACCCUCCCCGAAUCUCUCCUGUCGGGCCCUCCGCCGUUCCCCCGUCGCCCGCCGCCGUUCCCCCGUCGCCCGCCGCCCGUUCCCCUGCCGCCCGCCGCCGUUCCCACGCCGCGUGGCCCCGCCGCCGUUCCCACGCCGCGUGGCCCCGCCGCCGCUGCGGCGUGGCCUCCGAGCUCUGCAUCCCCGCCGCCGCGUGACCUCCGAGCUCUGCGGCCCCGCCGCCGUGUGGCCUCCGAGGCCCCGAGUCCCCUCCCCUCCGCCAAGGUCCCCUCCCCGCCGCCGCAUGCCCUGCGCCCAUCCCGCUCCGGCGGCUCCGUCGCCCACGUCCACGCCCCGGCGAGAUCCGGCCGCCAGCGUCCCCGCCGCCGGCCGGCUCCUUCGACGGCACGCCGGCCGUGCCCUACACCGGCUCGGGCUCCCGCCGCCGCAUGA